GGAGCUACACAGCGCGGCCGGCCGAAGCGACCCUCGGCACACGCGCAGAUCCCUUCUCGCCGGCUUCUCCCUUCUCCGGCCGCGGCGUAUAGCCCUGAAAUGCAACUGAGCAGUGCACAGAAAGUUCAGCAGAUUUCUGCAACGUUGUGGGUGAAAUACUCAGCUGAGACUGAAGCGUCUAGAAACUGCUGUUCCAUCGGUACCAACCACAACAAUGAGAAGUCAUUUAAGGUUUCUUUGUCUUGACACUUUGUGCUUUAUUCUAGUUUAAUUGUUCGUCACAGGAUUAUCAGAUCAGCUGGCAUUACAGAAGGUGUUAAUGCAAGUUCUGCCAGUGAAUUAAACAUAUAUUUAUAGGCCACAUAGCAAUAUGGCUUGGACUUCAUUGAUCUUUUUGUGAUACACUUUGUAAGCUACACAGUAGAGCAUGAAAUCUCCAAAAAUGGAUGCUAUGAAGCUAAAGCAUGAUAUCAACCCAUUGCUUCUUUAUUUUAUAAACUUCGUAAUCUUCCUUUACACAGUUAUAACUUUUAUUCCAUGGUUUUUAUUUUCUGGAGCAAGACACGUCAUAGCCAAGUCAAAGCAAAUGAAAGCUAAACCUGUGAGUUGCAGGCCAGGCAGUGCAUACAGAUCUGUUAACAGUUUGCAUUGCUUAGCAUCUGUAUUAUACCCCGGUUGUGAUACACUCGACAAAGCUUUCAAGUAUGCUAGGAGUAAAUUUAAGGACAGAAAACUCCUGGGAACAAGGGAAGUCUUGAAGGAGGAAGAUGAAAUCCAGACAUCUGGAAAGGUUUUUAAAAAGGUUAUCCUUGGAAAAUACAUUUGGCUCUCGUACGAUGACGUUUUCAGUAAAGCGAAAAAAUUUGGAGAUGGAUUAACUGUGUUGGGCCUUCAACCAAAGACAAACAUUGCCAUCUUCUGUGAAACUCGAGCAGAGUGGAUGAUCGCUGCCCAAGCUUGCUUCAUGAACAACUUCCAACUUGUUACACUUUAUGCCACUCUAGGAGGCCCUGCAAUAGUACAUGGGUUAAAUGAAACUGCAGUGACAACCAUUAUUACCAGCAGAGAAUUGAUGCAAACAAAACUGAAGAGUAUUGCUUCUCAGAUUCCUCUGAUGCGCCAUAUUAUUACUGUGGAUGGCACACCAACAACAUGGUCGGAAUUCCCCAAAGGGGUAAUCGUUCACACUAUGUCAUCUGUUCAAGCUAUGGGAGAGAAAACAGAAAACUUUGCAGCCAACAAGCAGAAGCUGAGACCGUUGCCAUCGGACAUUGCAGUAAUAAUGUAUACCAGUGGUUCUACAGGUGUACCAAAAGGCGUUAUGAUCUCACAUUGUAAUCUUAUUUCUGCCAUAACUGGGAUGGCUGAAAGGAUUCCUAAUCUUGGAGAGAAAGAUACCUACAUUGGAUACUUGCCACUUGCUCAUGUUUUGGAGUUAAGUGCUGAACUCGUUUGCUUGACUCACGGAUGCCGUAUUGGCUACUCAUCACCUCAAACAUUAAGUGAUCAGUCCUCUAAAAUAAAGAAAGGAAGUAAAGGUGAUGUUUCUGCACUGAAGCCAACUCUAAUGGCAGCUGUGCCGGAAAUCAUGGAUCGAAUCUACAAAAAUGUCAUGAACCGAGUUAAUGAAAUGUCCAGUUUCCAACGCAAUCUGUUUAUAUUGGCUUAUAAUUACAAGAUGGAACAGAUUUCAAAAGGCUACACUACUCCAUUGUGUGACAGACUUAUUUUCCGGAAAGUCCGGAUGCUGCUGGGUGGGAAGAUUCGGGUCUUGUUGUGUGGAGGAGCUCCACUUUCUGCAGCAACUCAGAGAUUCAUGAACAUCUGUUUCUGUUGCCCAGUGGGACAGGGCUAUGGACUAACAGAAUCGUCUGGGGCUGGAACGAUAACAGAAGUUUGGGACUAUGCCACAGGCAGAGUGGGAGCACCCUUGGUUUGCUGUGAAAUCAAGCUCAUGAAUUGGGUAGAAGGUGGCUACUUUAACACAGACAAACCAUAUCCUAGAGGUGAGAUUGUUAUUGGAGGUCAGAACAUAACUAUGGGCUACUACAAAAAUGAAGAACGAACCCAAAGUGAUUUCAUGGUGGAUGAGAACGGACAGAGGUGGCUCUACACUGGUGACAUUGGGGAAUUCCAGGCAGAUGGUUGUCUAAAAAUUAUUGAUCGGAAAAAAGACCUUGUAAAACUUCAAGCGGGAGAAUAUGUGUCUCUUGGUAAAGUUGAAGCUGCUUUGAAGAAUCUUCCACUGAUAGAUAAUAUUUGUGUAUAUGCGAGCAGGUAAGACAGCCCAUGUAAUCUUGUGUUUGUGCUAGAGCAAUAUAUGCAUCUAGAAACUUUUAUAUGCUUUUGGCUGAAAAGUGAUCACAUGCCCUUUUGAAUUUGCAUAGACUUGAUAGGAGAAUAAAUUCCUUCUGAUCCAUUCAUCACCAGGUGGUGAAUCAAUGCAAAGAAGAAGAAAAAUUAAAGCUAGCUAUGAGUUACUGUCCAAAAACAUCCCUAUUUACUUGUCUUUGACGGUAACUGCUAAGAUUUCUUUGUCCCAAGACCAACUGCUGAAUUGGUUCACAGAACUCCCAUAAGCUCAGAUCAUGGCUACAUGUUACAGCUGUUCACACCGGAAGCAGAUACUGGAAUCCUUAAGCUCUCCUUCCCACAUCUUGUCCUAGAGAAAUGGAGUGUCUUCAAGCCCAGGCUCACCCAUUGCCUUUCCC